UGCCACAGCAAUCAUGUGAUGAAAAUUAAAGUGAAAGUUUUGGGCCCAGAGCCGAAAAAAAAUCUGUGUAUGCGCAAGAGGCUGUUGAUGUGCAAAUGUGAAUUAUAUUGAGAAGGUCUGAAUAGGGAGGUGUGACGUAAGGAGGGGACACAAACGCAGGUGCUUAUCUCUACGCAGUCAAAGGCACUGGUUGUCAUAUCAUGGGAACUACCUUUCAAAGAAACAGCGUCAGUGUUUCCGUUCAGCACACCAGGGAGAAGAGACAUGUAAGUUUUGGAAACAAGCAAAAAAAGCCCUACAUUUUGUGAGAUUUCUUGAAGGACUGUGGAAAUUCCAUUUUACAUGACUGAGUGCUCAAGUCUAAGUAGCAAUGGAAACUCUUCAGUUCAAAUCCAAUGGGUGUGAGUGAAGGAGCCACAGUUGCUGACUGGCGUUGAAGAAGCAUCUGCUUAAUGUGUGGUCAAACCUUGCAAGUCACCGAGAAAUCUAUGGUUCAGAAGCCGGUUACUUCCAUCCAUUGCCAAGGGUAAAACACAGGACGAGACGCGGGAAAUUGGCAAGGAAGAAUGAAUCUUAGGAUUUCUCACUGAAGCGGGCAGAGACAUUCAGUCACUUGAACGAAGCAGGAGAAAUCAAGUUGGCAUACAAGUUACCCAGAGAAACAGAGAGAUGGACGCAGAGGCUGAGGAUAAAACGCUGCGUACCCGCUCUAAAGGAACGAAGGUGCCAAUGAAUUCUCUAAUCCAGGAGCUCAGUGCGGCACAUGAUUGCUCCAUGGCAAAGAAGAGGAGAGCUGAAGAGCAGGCCUCGUGGGUCCCUGUCAACAAGAGAAAGUCCCUGCUGAUGAAGCCCCGACACUACAGCCCAAGCAUGAACGGCCAGGAGGGGCCCGAUACCAGGACGGAGGUGGAGGAGGACAGCGGCCUGCUGGGGACCAACGCCCACCGGACCCCAGAAGAAAUCAUGACAAAACCUCUGGAUGAGACUGUUCAUUCAACGGCACAAGAAAACUCUCAUGGGAAGGAAGACAGAUACGGUUGCUACCAAGAGCUCGUGGUCAAAUCCUUAAUGCACGUGGGGAAAUUUGAAAACAGUGCAUCUGUCCAGACCACAAAUGAAAACUUCAAUGACAGUGGCAUCCAGUCUCUCAAAGCAGAGAGCGACGAGGUGGACGAGUGCUUUGUGGUUCAUUCCGAUGACGGGAAAGACUCCCAGCGCAGGUUCUGCUCCUCCGAUGACAAUGAAAGCAACUCGGAAAGUGCAGAGAACGGCUGGGACAGUGGCUCCAGCUUCUCCGAAGAAACCAAACCACGUAGAGUUCCAAAGUACAUUUUAGUGGAUGAUAGGAAAGACGUCGUGGAAGUUCCCGAAAUAAAGACCGAAGGUGACAAGUUUAUCUCUUGUGAAAACAGGUGUGAUUCUGACCCAGAAAGGAGGGACCCGCACCAUGCUCGCACGGACGCCCUGGAUGGCGGGGCGCAGGCCCCCUUCCCCGGGGCUGAGGAGGAUGACAGCCAGUGCCUGGCCGUGAUGACAGAGGAGUCCGUGGACCUGGAGAAGGCGAAGGGGAACUUAAGUUUGCUGGAGCAGGCCAUCGCCCUGCAGGCCGAGCGAGGCUGUGCUUUCCAUAGCACCUACAAAGAGCUGGACAGGUUUCUGCUGGAGCACCUAGCCGGGGAGAGGAGACAAGCCAAAGUGACUGACGGGGGUGGAAGGCAACUCUUUAACAAUAAACAUUCCCCGAGGCCUGAGAAGAGGGAGACCAAGUGCCCCAUCCCCGGGUGUGACGGCACAGGCCAUGUGACAGGGCUCUACCCCCACCACCGCAGCCUUUCGGGGUGCCCCCACAAAGUGCGGGUUCCCCUCGAAAUUCUUGCCAUGCAUGAAAAUGUGCUCAAGUGCCCCACCCCAGGAUGCACGGGAAGAGGGCACGUGAACAGCAACCGGAACACCCACAGGAGUCUUUCAGGUUGUCCAAUUGCUGCGGCUGAAAAAUUGGCAAUGUCCCAGGACAAAAGUCAGUUUGAUUCUUCCCAAACUGGGCAGUGUUCUGACCAGGUUCACAGGACAAGCUUGGUGAAGCAAAUAGAAUUCAAUUUCCGAUCACAAGCCAUCGCCUCCCCCAGAGCCACGGUGUCAAAAGAACAAGAGAAAUUUGGAAAAGUACCGUUUGAUUAUGCCAGCUUCGAUGCACAGGUUUUUGGUAAACGCCCCCUAAUACAAACAGGUCAAGGACAAAAAACCGCACUGUUUCCUGAAUCGAAGCAUUUUUCAAAUCCAGGGAAAUUUCCUAAUGGACUGCCUGGUGCAGGCGCCCACACACAGAGCCCUUGCCGUGCCAGCUCUUACAGCUACGGUCAGUGCAGCGAAGACACCCACAUAGCAGCAGCUGCUGCCAUCCUGAACCUUUCCACCCGCUGCAGGGAGGCUGCCGACAUCCUCUCCAACAAACCACAGAGCCUGCAUGCCAAGGGAGCCGAGAUAGAAGUGGAUGAAAAUGGCACAUUGGACUUGAGCAUGAAAAAAAAUCGACCCCCAGACAAAGCGGCACCCCUAACUUCCUCGAACACGUCUAUUCCCACUCCUUCCUCUUCCCCAUUCAAAACAAGCAGCAUUUUGGUCAAUGCAGCGUUCUACCAGGCUCUGUGUGUCCAAGAGGGCUGGGAUGCGCCUAUCAACUAUAGCAAAGCUCACGGGAAGACAGAGGAGGAGAAAGAGAAAGACACAGUGAACUCUCUAGAAAAUUUAGAGGAAAAGAAGUUUCCUGGAGAGGCCUCCAUGCCAAGCCCUAAACCCAAGCUCCAUGCAAGAGAUCUCAAAAAAGAACUAAUCACCUGUCCAACGCCAGGAUGUGAUGGAAGUGGCCACGUCACCGGAAACUACGCAUCCCAUCGCAGUGUUUCUGGAUGUCCUUUAGCCGAUAAGACGCUUAAGUCCCUCAUGGCUGCUAACUCUCAGGAGCUUAAGUGUCCGACCCCAGGCUGUGAUGGUUCGGGGCACGUGACUGGAAACUAUGCUUCCCACAGAAGUUUGUCCGGCUGCCCUCGUGCCAGGAAAGGCGGUGUCAAAAUGACUGCUACGAAGGAAGAGAAAGAAGACCCUGAACUCAAAUGUCCUGUGAUAGGGUGUGACGGCCAAGGUCACAUAUCAGGUAAAUACACAUCCCAUCGCACAGCUUCUGGCUGUCCCCUGGCUGCCAAGAGACAGAAGGAGAACCCUCUCCAUGGGGCCCCCCUCUCCUGGAAACUGAACAAACAAGAACUUCCACACUGUCCCCUGCCAGGCUGCAAUGGGCUGGGCCAUGUAAAUAAUGUUUUUGUCACCCACAGAAGCUUAUCUGGGUGUCCUUUAAAUGCACAAGCAAUCAAAAAGGGCAAGGUCUCAGAAGAACUAAUGACUAUCAAGCUCAAAGCAACUGGAGGUAUAGAGAGUGAUGAAGAAAUUAGGCAUUUGGAUGAAGAAAUAAAGGAAUUGAAUGAAUCCAACCUUAAAAUUGAAGCAGAUAUGAUGAAACUUCAGACGCAGGUAAAGAACCAGAAAGGUAUCUUCAUGGUAAUCAUACUCUUUGGUGGAGGAGGUCUGCUUUGUGCUGAGCCCAAGCAGUGGCAGCUGAGACUGCAUCCCAAGGGGCCUAUCAGUGAGCAGAAUUUCGAAGCAUAUGUAAAUACGCUCACAGACAUGUACAGCAACCUGGAGCGGGACUAUUCCCCAGAAUGCAAAGCGCUGCUAGAAAGUAUCAAACAGGCCGUGAAGGGCAUCCACGUGUAGGAGCGCCUGCGGUGGGCACCAGAAAUCACCAACAGCAGUCACGCCAGUGGACCGGGCGCCUGCGCUGCCGAGGCAAGCAGGCUGCCGCACUGCAUUUACCAUUGCAACAUUGCACUAAUUUCCUCCCCAGCUGACAUAAAAAGGAAAGGAAUAAUAAGAAAAAAAAACUAUAAUAGACUCUAUGGAUUAAAAGCGAUGCUGUCAAAUAUUAGAUGGUAUUUAUUUUCAUAUGUUUUUCUUUUAUUUCCUCAUUGCACUCUUUUGAAUUUUUUUCUUUGUAAAGUAUAUGUAAAGUAUGUGACAUUUUAAUAUUUUAUUCAUUUCUAAUCAAAGAGUUUUUUAUCUUUUACCUGCAUUUUGAAGUCUGCCAUAUUUUUUACAAGUGUGUUUCUUUUCCAAUAGAAUUUAAAUAGAAAUGCUAGUCUCAAAUCACAUAUCUUGCUGGGCUUAAAUGAGAAAACAAACAAACAAAAACAAACAAACAAAGAAGUCUGAAGGAAAUCUUUGUCUAAGGACUGCACUAUGCUCCCCUUUGAUUUUUAUUGCACUCUUUCUCCCCCUUUCACUGGCUUUCGCAUUGAUAAGUGGGCUUGUCCUAAGGUGAGACGCAUGGAAGGAAGAAGAUAAAUGGCGCCCACCUAGUGGGCAAAGCGCUCUCACAGAAGCACAGGAACUGAAAAGCCUGUUCAGAAUUGGAUAGCAAUAAUUAAAUAUAGAAAUCAGCAAAUUACUCGACUUGGCUGUAUGGUUUCGGUAAACAUGAAUUAUUUAUUUGAAAUGUUUUAAAGAAACGUAAGCUUUUUUUAGCGGUGCAGAUUUGUCUGUUUGUUUUUCAAGUCAUAUCAGAUAGUUGGCAACUCUUAUCCCAAGACGAGAAAUAAGACUUGAUGUGACCAGCCAGGCUUCCCUGCCAUAUGCUGGUACAAUAUACAAGUGACAAUAUUGAUGUAGAUUUGUACUCAGCAAAUACAAACACAUCCAAAUGGAAAAUUUUGUAGAUACCAUAUCCCCUGAAAUAGCAUUUAUCUUGCUUGGUUGACUGAAAGGAAUGGAAAACUAUAGUAACACAUGGAAAACUGUUACUCCGAUCUGAGUCAUUACUUUAGGCAACGAUAAAACUUUCAAUUUGAUCGAUAUCUUUCUGUAGAACUACAAGUGCUACAGAGUAAACACACUCAACACACAGGCACACACCCACAUAUUCACACUCACAUACACUCAGACACACAUAAAAUUGAGCCCGAAAUCUUGAAUUUCUGCAUAGAUCAGAGUUUAGUAGUUGCUAUAGUAAAGGCAAUGUCUAUUUCAGGGAUUGUAAAGUAGUUAAGCAUUGUUUCAAAAGUUUUUUUAUAUUUAUUUUUUUUAAGAAAAGGUAUAGACAACCAGCUAAACUGCCUUUUUGGUGUGCACACACACCCCGUGUGCAAUGUGCCUCCGUGUAAAUGGACACUUGAACUUAGUGUGGGCUUAAUUUUCUGUUCUAUAACAAAAGUGUUUAUUUUCUAUUAGCCUCAUGGAUAUGUAGAUUGAAUGUGAUGGCACUCACAGGCUUGAUAUAUUCCACUGUUAUUACUGUUACCUGCACAAAUGAAGAGUAAUAUCAACAGUAAUUCCACUUCCAUGCCACUGUGGUCAUUGUUAUGUAUUAAAUGGGGCUUAUCUUUGGUUUGGGGUUCAUUCGAACUCUUGACUUUAGUUUAGUGAAAAUGAGAUGUCUGUUCUUAGGUAGGAAUGGUGUUUAUUUAAAAAUCAAUUUAUAAAGAAAAAGAGCUACCAUAUGUGCUGUCUAUUAUAAAUGGGACACCAAACAAAAUUUUCUAUUAAAGUUAUGUACUUGCAAACAGUUUGCUCUAGAGCACUUGAUAGAUGCAUACAAAUGAGUUCACUUAUUACAAAGACAAACCUUAAUUUGCUAAAUAUUUUAACAACUUUGUUAUAUAUUUUAUUUAAUUUAAAAGAAAUUUCUUACCAGCCUAUGUAUUUAUUACUAUAAUUUACUAUGACUCCGGGUUAAUAAUUUAUUUGUGUUUGCAUAGUUUGAGCAGUAUGUUUUAUGAAGUAUAUUUGUAUUUAUUUGCCUCCUUUGUACUUGACGUGUUUUGUAAUUUGCACUGAAUUAUUUUCCUUUCAACUAUGUUGGUCGAUACUGUAAAUUGGGUCUUUUGUAAACAACAAAAGGACAAUGAUGUAUGCAUUUUUUUUAAUUUCAAGUAGUUUGUAUACUGUUUCUUCAAACAAUUAAUAUUUCUUACAUCAAAGCAACAAAAUUGUGUUCAGUGCUGUACAUUUGGUGUAUGGUAGGAAAUAAAAAUUGAUAAUGAG